CUACGUGGAACGGAACGUUCCACAGCUGUCAAAAUAAUUUUACAGAGUCUAUUGUAAUUGUUUAAGGGCUCAUUGACAUCAUACUCGAAAUCCAAAAGUAAUUGAUUAACAGUUUCAGAAUAAAGAUCCCAAUUAACGAGACAUGCUGCAACGCUCAGAAUUCUUACAGAAUUUAGCUAAAUGUCCAUACCUCAAGCACCGGUAGCAUUGUUUAACUGGUGGUAUAUAUGGAGUGACAUUGUGGCGCCAACCUCCAAUAUCCAGAUAUUCAGGUAAUACAGAUGCAGCAAAAGUAAUUGUCACGGUUAGAGUUGGCUGUAACACAUAUCCAUGAGUCAAGAUUCUGAGUCAGUAGAAGUAUCUUCCGAAUAUAUAUCCUUGUCAUUACAAGGUUCAUGGUCUACAUCACCUGAAUCGUCAUCUUUUUUUUUCCUUUUUCUACAACUGCGCUUCCCCAUGAAUGCUAAUUAUAUUACUGUCGCUGAAUUUAGUGAAAAUAUAAUAUUUUAUUCAAUAAUAAGAAUUGAUAGAGAUAGUUUUAAUAAAUUAAUAAAAAAAAUUUAAAAAACCCGCUUGUUCUUAUUCGAGUUUCCCGCCUUUUCUAAAAUUAUUUCCAACGAUAUGUCAACAGAGAAACGUCAAAGAUGAAAUAUCGAAUAUGACAUUAGACAUGACAUUGCUUUUUUUUGGUUCUGUUUAUUCCAAAGUGAAUGGCAAAGAGCUUUGCCCAUACAGCUCAUGUCUAUAAGAGAAUAUUAAUAAUAUUAGUGACGUUAUCUGUCAUGCCACUGAUCAAAAGCAGAGAUUAUACUGAUACAGCUAUAUUUGAUACUAGGUAAUGUUUUUUAAUCCUUACCAAUAUUAUAAUAUAAAUGCGAAAGUGACUUUGUUACUUUAUAGCGCCUUAGUGCUUUUCUAUAGAUAGAGCGAUUGACUAAAGUUACUAUAGGAAUUAGUUUUGAUCGAUCAGAAAUAAGUUGAUGAUAUGAAAAUACAUUUAAUUCUUGGGGGGAAAGGUAUGGGGUUUGACUUGUAUAUUGCUAGCAAUAUACCCUGUCAGGUCGACCUACACGCGGAUCCCCCUGGAAACCAUCAUGGUUAAUUAUUGAUGAAUUCGUUAUGAGGGGCUAACUGGCCUGCUUCAUUCUCACUUAUCAUCACUGACUGGUGCCCUGCUAGUGUAUAUCGAUAGCGCAAGCGGGGCUUUUAUCAUCCGUUAAAAAAUGGGUACAUUUAAUCCAUUUAUCUAUAGAAAGCGCCAAAUAAUGUUUGCCGGGUUAGCUAGAGUCAUACAUUUAAGUAUCUUUCCUACAACCUGCUACAGCAAAUUUGUUCAUAAGCGCAGUAAAACUGCGUUUAUUAAAUAUAGUUUUGUAAUUGGAACAUGGUUUAUGUAAUUUACUGUUUACCAUUUCAAAGGAAUCAUUGAAUGCCUUUAACUGUCCACUGUUGAACAUAAAAAAAAGCGUGGAACUACUGGGUUUUCCCAAUAGUUCCACGCAUGACAGGUACCUCUGCCCCAUUCGUGUUUCAAGCGUGAAGCAUUUAUGUUUGCAUGGCCGUGUUUCGGUUUAAAGGGUGGGAUAUAAAUUUACAGGGUACAGAGCAAUAACACCUGAGUCCUCAGGAAUGGCAACGCAUGGGGUAUAAAUAUAAAGAGGUUUCAAGAGGAACGCUGCUGCCUAUCUCUCACCUUCCCUUAGUCGCCUCUUUUACGGCACAAUUAUAUAUUAUUAAUGUACAAACACACACUUUGUAAACAGGUAUGAAAGUGUGUUUGUUACUUCCUAAGUACGAUAAUUAUGACCAUGGUAGGUAUGCAGGGUCGUAACUAGAUCCAUGUUUAAAGUAGGGCAAAAUAACUUUUUAAUAGGGCAGAAGCCAUAAUUGAGUUCGAAAAAGCAAAUCUGUGUAAUUUUCUUGAGGCCUUUCGGUAGGCCUAAGGCCUAAGGUAGGGCAUUGCCCUCAAUGCCUCCAAUUUCUAGGUACAGUCAUGUAGGUAUGUAUAUAAUUCUAUCUAUUUAUCAUUAUAUUCAUGGAUGGGUGCUACAUGUGACGAAUUAUUUAAUAUUUAAUUAGGAUUAAUAUGCAUUUUUUAUAUUAAUAUUUUAAUUUGAUUAAUUUCAGAUCUAUAUGUUUAUCUGUAUGGAAAAAGAGCAACAGGUGCGUUUUUGUCCAUUCUUCAUAACACAAGAGUUCAUAAGACAUUAGUUACAAGAAUCAAUAAAGACGACUUUACGGAAUGUUUAUGUUGUAUAAGAAAUAUUACUUCAUAGAUAUCUGAUUUCCGUCAUCUGAUCUCAGAUAUCUAUGAGCCGUGCAUAUGAUAUAAUUACUUUUUUAAUUUGAAUUCAGUCCCAUUCUAUUCGGUUAAGUUCAGUGUGAGUGGAUACCACUAGGUGCACAAUACCUUUUACUUAAUUUCUGUCUUAAUUUACUUUACACCUAUUUUUAAAUUUUUCUUAAAAUAAUAUUAGUAGUUACUAAUAAUACAUUUUUAUACAUAUACCUAUAAGUAUAUUGUCAUUUCGCCACCCCGUCAAAUUUUAUUAAAGAUUUAGUUUGUAUAUGGCUAAACAAGGGUUUGUUCUAUUCUAUUUACCCAGAGCUAUCGUCAUCAAGAUAAAGGCAGAUUCCAGAUUGUUGCUCCAACGUUGUUAAGUACAAGGAUUAGCUAUGUACAUCGCAGUAAGUAAGAUCGCAUAGGCUUUAUUCCAAUUAUGAGACAGGAAAGCGAUUGAAUGUUACAAACAGCCGUAAACAGGAAUUUUAAGAAUGAAUAUAUAAUUGGUGUAUAUAGACAUUAACCCGGUGUCCUACAACACUGACUGAGACGAUGGAGUACGCAGCUUCGUCCACUGCUGUGUUAGAGCGCGGCGGUGACGGUGUUCACGGCCGCCGCGGUUCCACGCCGCUCAGUGGGGGGCGGGGGGCGGGUGCCGUCCCGCCUGGCACAUCGCCACCGAAUCGCGGUCACACAUCAAAACACAGAUUUCUCGGCAAAAAAUAACGAGCGGUUGCACCAGAACUCGUUCACUCGCCGCGUUAGUAGCAUAUACUCGUAGCGUGCAGUAAUUGCUAUCUCUCAUAUAUUGUCAUCAUUCCCAGUUCAUGUUUCCUGUUGAAAUCGAAGUCAUUUUAUGAUUCCGAGUGAUUACUUGGAAAGUGUGUGUUUACGCCUGAUUAGGUGAGGCGUAUUAUUGGUUGGAGGUCAUGGGAUCAGUAGGCGGCGCACGCGCCUGCGCUGCCGAGCGGGGUGGCGGCACAGUGCGCGUCGACACCGAGCUGACAGGAGUAUGAGCUCGAGCUACACUGCGCGCCCGCCCCGCUGUCUCGUCGACAUUGUGCACGGACGCCAAGUGAAAUAUAGAACCUCAAUAGAACUGUAACAUUUCUGUGGGAUCUGUCAUUUAGUUUACAUCGUAGUAUCGCCACAUAGAGUACGUAUCUACUUGUAAUACAUUGGUACCUUAACAACACCGGUAUUAUAAUUAUAUAUCAUUAUUGUAAGAUACAAAGAAGGUGCAAUAUGUCGAUAAGUGUGUCAUGUACAUACCAGGGUCAAGUAGCAUUAGCAACCCGUAUCAGGCAAAAUAAAGAUGUUAGAAGACUCGCCCAUUAGCUAUAAGGUGAUAUUCACUACAACGACAACUCGGCAAUAGGUAUAUCUCUUCCAUUAUAACUCGGUACUGAAACUUGUUAGGUGUUUUUGGAAAUAUUUUUAAAAUGAGCAAAACUGUAUGCGUAAAAAUAUUAUUAAGAAAUCCUAAGUAUAAGGUUGUAAAUUCAAAUUUCAUUUUAAUAGUUUGAUUCAACCGGAUAAUUUCUUUUAUAAUUGUGAUUGUACUCGUACUUCACUCGGUAUAUUAUCUUUACUAUUUUUUUUCUUUCGAAGGAAAAGUAUAUAUUAUGUUCACGUACUGGCCACUAAUAAUUUUGUAAAUACUGCCCGGUAACAAUUUGUUCUAUUUAUUCUUUCAAUGAAUAAAUUAGUGUUUAACCAAUUCGCUUGCGUAUCACUACAGACGAGAUAACUAAAAGAUGCGGGUUCAAAUCCAGUCGGAAUUCAAUUCCAAGGGAUUUGAAAAUUUGAACCAACAUUUUGAACUUUGAUUUAGGAAAUUAUGUAGUCCAAACUCAGUGUCAGCGUUAUGUUUUUUACGCUACUAGAAAUAGGAAGCAUGUUUAUCGCGGAAAACAGUUACUUCAAUUAUGUCGAUUGCAAAAAGAAUUAUGAAGGUCAUAAAUCAUAUACAAUUGACUAAGAUAUUGUACACCACGUACACAAAAACUAUACAUGAAUUGAGAAUCUCUUCCUUUUAGAUGUUUAGGUUAUAAUGAAAAAAGAAAAGAGUUGUAGAUCAACGCAGAGAUGUGUAAAAUAUACCUGUCGAACUUACUUUUGUAUUAUUCGUUUGAGUAGGUAAGACUACCGUCCUUGUGUUCUAGAAUUGCAAUAGAGAAGUGCCUUAGUCGUUCCAAUAUAUUCAUCUAGGUCGUCAGCUCGUUUGCCAUUCUUCAGUAAACAUAAUCUACUCUUUAAUCGUACGUGACCAUGGUUGGGCAGAGAGAAUAACGUCGACGACGCGGGAGUGUGCUAAUCAAUUCUUAAUCGAUUUCGUAAAUGAUAAGAUAUUUUCAUAUUUUAAUCGAAAGGAUUUAUGAAGAAAAAUCAAAGUGGUCCCGAAGGAAUAUGGUUUAGGAUAAGUUUAAAUUUAUUUUGUUUAAAUUAACAAUUGUUUUAUUGUUCGUUAGUAAUUGUGACUACAUGUUAAAAAUACUCAUAUCUUCAUUGUAUUAAAUAUUUGAUAGAACAUAAAUACAGUUUCUAAAAGAAGCGAACAGCACAAUGUAUGAAGGUCAACAAUGUUUAUUUAAUUUGUAACGAGUCGGUACUACCUACUGGAAUACUUAUUCCGCGAGGCGUGAAUGCCUGCCGCGACGCGGAGACGUGGGCGCAACUGCACAGCCGACGAUAGGCGCGGAACAAGCUGCUCCCGCGCACCACGCGGCCGUCAGUGAACAUUACGUAUCGUUAGUAAGAACAAGUACAGACGCAUACAUCUAGCAACAACGCAUACCUGAUAACUGUUAGAUCACAUCACCGUCUUAAGUCAUGUAUGUAAAAUAAUUUCCUACAGUGAAAAUCGGUAAUGGGAACAAGCGAUCAUAUUACCAGUAAUAUGCCAUGUCACAUGACCACGCGUUUCUCUCUCGAAUCGACCCUUGUGACUUCAUCUCAAUGAUAGGUCAUUGUGUGAACUUCAUCAUCACAUGUAGGGACAUCUGAUCCAGCUGAAAGAAUAUCACUGAUGAGGGCAUCACUGAUAUUCUUUCAGCGUAAAUUGAUAAGUGCCGCAAGUGCGUUACACUCCCAUUUUCGUACAUUUAAUAAUUUAAAGAUUUUGUCCCACAAAAAAAAUCGACUUCAAUUGUAAUAGAACCAGUUAUUCUGAGAGUAUUGAACCGAUUUUGAUAAAAUUUUCCAUAGGCCUAAUCUGUAAUUAUAACUUUUCAGAUAAAAAAAAUUUGCAAGUCGGUUUAAAACUGAUUGUUAUGAGGUAAUGAACAUAAAUAAAAACGGCCAAAGAAAAUAUAUUAUUAUAUCUGUAUGCCCCUCGAGAGUGGACAGUAAUGAUCGAAUUCGUUUUUGUCUAAUACGAGGAUCAUUUGAAAAGUUCUUAGCCUAACAUACUUAAUGAAACCACAUGAUUUUGAGUUUAUUUUUAUUUUUCAACAUACUCUCCUCCGAGCUCAAAAUACUUUUUCCAUCGACCCGGUAAGGCUUCGAUACCCGUUUUAAAAAAAUCUUCAUCUAACUCCUCAAAAUAAGCGUCCACGGCGGCUAUGACCUCUUCAUUUGAAAAAAAAUGUUUACUACCUAAAACUACCUUUGACUUCUUUGGGGUGGGCGAUCCUGCUCUUUUCCAUUGUUUCGACUGUUCUUUUGUCUCGGGUGUAUUGUGGUGAACCCAGGUUUUAUCCAUAGUUAUAAAUCUUUCAACAAAUUCUAUUGGGUCAGCUUCAUAUAACUCUUACCAGUCGCGAGAAGUUCUGAGUCGGUUGCGUUUUUGUUCCACUGAAAGCAGUCGCGGUACCCACCGCGCAGACACCUUAGAGAAUCCAAGUUCAGUAGUAAUUAUAUGAUGUGUUCGCUCACAUGAGAUGCCUACAGUCUUAGCUAUCUCCUCGACAGUCAAUCUUCGAUCAGAUAAAAUUAAAUCACAGUUUUUUUCUUUGAAUUGAUCAGUGGAGCAGUCGAAGGCCGGCCACUACGGGCCUCAUCUUGAAUGGUCUCACGACCACGUUUAAACUCUGCCACCCAGUUUUUAACAGUCGCAUACGAAGGAGCGGACUCACCCAAAGUAGCAGACAUGUCUUCAUGUAUAGCUUUUGGAGUUAAACCUUUCAAAUUCAGGUAUUUUAUCACUGCACGAUGUUCAAUUUUAUCCAUUUUCAAAAAUAGCUCUGACUGACGGUAUCACGUGUAAACGAACAAUGAGUUACUGUGAAUAAACUAAACUGUGCAUACUUGUUGCUAAAUAAUGUAAUUUCAAAAUGAGGGUAGUUAUAAAAAAACCAAUAACUUUAACCAUGUUAGGCUAAAAAAUUUUCAAAUGACCCUCGUAAGUACCUAAUAUUUACUUUUAAACUGAGUACUAUUUUCUUCUAUGAAGUUAAAGCUGAGUUUGGUGGUGGCGUGCACGUGCUGUACACCAAUAUGGAGACCGUGUACCCGGCGUCGGCGUCGGCACUAGCGCGGGGCCGGCGCCUCCGCCGCGCCGGACCGCGGCUGCGACAUCGCACCAUGCCGGUUACUUUUGCCGAAAUCAAGGAGGUGGACGAGGAGAACGAGGAGGCGUACGCCGAAGUAGCGGAGGAGCGGCGGCGGCGGCCCGACCUGCUGGACGAGUCACUCGGCCGCCAGUUUGCAGAGUUCCGCAGGCGGCGCGCGCGCCGGGAGCCGCUGCGCGAGCGCGACGCCGACGAGCCGCCGCCCGCCGCCGCCGCCGCCGCCGCCGCCGCCGCCGCCGCCGCCGCCGCCGCCGCCACCGUGCAGCGCGCCGGCAGCGAGCCCACCGAGCUACACCAGGCGCCCGACACUUGAACUUACCACUAGCUCGUUGACACUUUAUUGUAGCGACAAGUUUCAUCGCGCGACACCGUUUCCAACUGUCAGUGAAGUACGAUGUGAAAUUUGAGUUCCCUUGCUGCGUCCUUUUUUGUGAGUAGUAGUAGUACAAGUGAUCGAAGAGGAUAUACUACGAGGAACCGAGGUGACAAUAAAACAGUAGGAUAGACAAUAAUUUUAUUUAUUGUUGGUUACAAUAAAUU